AUGCCUUCUCUUCCUUGUCCUAUUCCGUCCGACGAUGAGAGCGAUACUAGCUCAGGCCUGCCCGAGACUUUCCCGGACAGCGCGUCCGACUCUGAUUCUUCCACCGCACCUAGCGUCUUCGACGAUAGCAGCGAAUCGGAGUCCGACUCUGACAGUGAAUCCGACGAUGAGCUUGAAGAUGAACUAGCACUGGAAGAUGAAGAGGAGCAGCUUUCACCAGAAUACUACCUCCAGGAGGCUGAGGCUCUUGAUGUCUCCCAGCUCCGACAGAAACGAUACAGCCCGAAGACUCAGGAGAGGUUGGAUAAGACGCAAUAUUUCUGGGAUAGGUUCUGUGAGGGCGCAAAGCGCGAUCCAGUGAAAUGUCUAUCCUGGAUCUCCGAUACAGAGGAGACUGUCCGCUUCCUCAAGGCUCUGUUUUCCUGGCGUUGUGAUCAGCGACGUGGAAAGGACGGACGUCGGACCCCGGGGCUGAAAACUAAAAGCUCGCUCGACGCAUUUUGGAAGUGGUGGCAUCUGAUCUACAAGGCCGCGGUUGGACAUGGCCUCAGCAAAGAUAUCCAAGUUAAGAUUCGUGAUGUGCUCGCGGUGGUUGCGAUGGAGAAGAAACUGUCCCUUAAAAAACGCCCAAAAGCGACCAUGUUUGUCGAGGAUGUAGCUGAAUUUGCCCGAGUGAUCCUGUCUACGACAGAGAUGACUUUCCCUUGUGGCUGGUAUCGGAUACAGCUCCUCCUUUUCUGUCAGCUGGCCGCUAUCACCGGUAAUCGUCCAGGGGCGCUACUGAAACUCCGCUUCCGGGAUCUUAAGUUGACAUUAAUUCGGGAUCCAAACGGAGGACGUCCUCGGCUUUUUAUCUACCUCAGACCGGAAUUCACAAAAGGCUUUCUUGGUGAAAAGCAGUCGGAGGCGUUUCCCAUUCCGGAAAUUAUCUUUGAUCCAACGUUGGUCCUCAGUCCUCACGUUUUUCUGCUGGGUAUUCUGUUCAGAAUCGGCGCAUUUAAAAGUCUGUCCAAUGAUAGCCCUGUGCUGGAUUGCCCUGAGAAAUUGUACCGUCUUCGGGUCUUAAAUGGUCUCGGUGAACAGGAAUUAAAGCUGAAAGACGAAAUCAUGGAUCAACAUGUGUUUUGCCAAGCUUUGCGGGAGGCGGAUGGGUUUCGAUUUGCACCAGAAAUACCACUUACCCGGGGAUGGCUGGGCUAUAGAAUGAAAAGAGGUGGUGAGAUUACUGGCUUUGCGGAAGUAGCGAAGCCAUAUUGUCUUCGAUACGGCGCAGCAAAAGCGUUCAACGAUAGUCCGGACGUAUCGAAUGAAUUGCAGAACGUCAUGCUGCAGCACGCAAGCAUUGAUACAUUUGUGCGGCACUACAGUGUGGGUAUCCACGUAGAUGCGCAGGCCAUUGUCCGGGGCUUGCCUGCUGACAAACAACUCAUGCGGUUUGCCUGCUCGAUGAGUCGGUCCAUCGACCCUCGCAGGCCCUACCGGCUCGGGGAUUCAAGCUGUAUCAACGAUCUCCCCUGCGUGCGUGCCCUGGAAGACACGAAACAGGCGAGAAAGCGUAUUCGUGACGUUAAGAUGCGUGCCUAUGAAGAUGCAGAGGCCGCAUUUCAACGAGAGUUCGGUGGUGAUCCGGAGAGUGCGACUCUUUCUAGAACCGUCCGCAAGCGGAGGAAGGCUCAGGAGAAAAGCCUGAAAAAGUUCCGUCAAAAAUUCGAACAUGCAGACGAGCAGUAUGAUCGCGCAGUGAAGCAUUUACGUAACGAGAAGAGACGGCAAAAGCACCGCUUGAUCCGUGAGAACCUAGAGCGGUAUAAGAAUGAACAGCCAGUGAUUGACAGCGAGCAGCAAAUGUCUGGAAAGAUUAUCGACGAAGAAGUCAUGGGCGCUUUGCAGCGAACUGGCUACAUGACACCGCAGCAUAUGAUGCUCAUUGACAGCAUCCUGACUUUGCCCGGUACAACGGUCACGAAAGAAUACGAACGCCGCAUUGCCGCAAUCAAUGCAGUUAUUGCAGUCUGUGAUGCGGAAGAGGGUGCUCCCUGGCGUCCUAGUGCGCCACAAAAACGCUCUGUCGAUGCUAUUGAUACACCUAACCCUUCUUCUCUGCCCAAGAGACAAAAGUCUACCUCUUCAGAUGAGAGUGACGAUAGGUUUUCCCAAGCCAUCGCUUCUGUUUGCGUCAAAUCUCGAGAAGAAAGACCAACGAUAUGCUUUAUAUGUCUUGGUAAUCCCCAUCAGCGAGAAAGUGAACGCUUGAAAAUGUACAAGAACCCCGGCUCACUCAGCCGACACUUCGUCAACAAACAUAUCAAGCGGUUCUCCAGCGACAUGCACUGUGAGUGCAACAUUUGUGGGAAAAGUCUGAUGUCUAAAUCGGAACUCCUGAACCAUGCGCAUGGAGUGCAUGGAAUUGUCUCUCGCUUACCUUUACCGGCUCUUGGUCUACCCCUUCCGUAA